CAUUGUGUGUUUCGUCUUAGCGCGUUUAACGUCACAAGUAUAAUUUUCGUGGAUACAAACUAACUAAUUACUAAAAUGAAGCAUAAUAGAGGACUUGGUGGCUAUGGGUACUCCAACAAUGUAAUGAAUCCACGACUGUCUAACCAAGGACCUCUAAUGACUGAACACCUUCAGCAUAUAGAUUUGGAGUUGGACUUGUUAAAGCGUAAGCGUGAGAUGAUAGAGCAGCAACAGGAACUGCUCGAAACACAAAUGCUACAUCGUGAGAAAUCACUCAAUUACGACAGUCCCCGUUAUUUUGAACGAGCCAGCUUCCAGAACGCGAACAACGUCGAUAGCGAUUAUACGCGUUACUAUGACGAGUCUGUCGGCUCUGGUGAUUUCAUACCUUUGAAUUCAAGGAAACGCUCAUACCAGCCGGAUUGGGAAACCAAUCCUAAUAAGCGCUUUUCGAGCAACGCUAGAGGCUCCGAUAGCCAAUUCAAUUUUCGCUCAGGGCGCAGGUCCGCUAACCGUUUUCAAGGCCAAGGGUCUUCUAAGCGCCAACCCGCUGCAGAACCUCAGUUUUCCAACAAAGGCCCUGGGCGAUCGUCCACCGAUAGGCCAAAAUCGGGUAAAGUGACUAAAGCCAAAACGUCCCUUCCUCCCAACAAACUGAAUACCUAUUCCAUCAGCGAGCGCAAUAACUUAGUCAAGAAGACAACUUCUGCCGCAAAAAAGGUAGAUGAGUCGCUUAUUUUGCGGCCCAACUGCCCAAUGUCGAACCAACUGCAGGGCAGGCUGGAGCUGGUCAUGGGCCAUCUCUUGAAGGAGCUCAAAACUAAGUUUAGCGAAGUCGAGGCGUACCGCGACACUAUACAGAGCCCUCUAGCGCAGCGCACCGUAAAGCAAAUCUUGCGCGAUCGCAUCAAGGAGUUGAUGAUGAACAAGUACAUCGGCGGUAUUAAUGACGGCCUCACCGUGUACCGUAAGCGGUACCCCGAGGGGACUGAUGAAGCUUUACUCGAAGAGGUCAAACAGGCAAAAGAAGAGUUGAACGUCAAGAAUCCAGACAAUAAAUUAAUUCAAUCAGAUGACCCAGAAGCUUUCUUAGAAAAGAACCUCGAAAAAUUGAUACACAGCAAGCUUGUCGAAAUGUUCGGAAAGCUAGACCAAAUAUAUAAAAAGAAGAAAGAACAAAAACCAGUUCCUGUGGCUGCAGAGGUGGAUUUGACCAAAGACGUUGAUGUCCCAGAGAAUGAAAAAAAAGAAGAGAACAAAGCUGAAUGCGAAGAAGUCGUACCCAUAAAAAACAUAGAAAAUGUCUUGCCGCAGCUCAUGAUAAGGUUUAUUCCGAGAAUAGUUAAGCUCCUAAAUGCGAACAAAGCGUUUGAAGCUUCAAAAGCUUUCCUGAUACAACUUGCUAACACGAAAGCUGUGAAUUUAGCAACAAAAACUAAAACUGUGGAGAAGACUUCUGAAAAGUCUACUACUGAAAAUCAUGAAGCAGCGGCGCCCGCAGAACCUCCCAAGUAUUUUGUUCAGAUAUUAGGAAAACCUGUGUUACCUAAAAGAAAGAUCAUGCAAGCAUUCUUGGACAAGUUCAAUCCGAGAUCUGUCAAAAGACACAAGCGCAUCCGUAACCUGUUGUUUGUCGGUUUUGUGACGGAGGAGCAGGUUGACAAGAUUAUCAGUGAGGACGGUCACGUUAUGGGAAAAACUACUUUAGGCAUCAGGAAGAGCGAAAGAACAAACCAAUCACAAAAUAAUGACGAGGAAGACGAUGUAGAAUUGAUCGAACCAGAAGAGGAGGUGAUUGAAUUGAAUAAAACCAUAGAUUCUGAUAUAAUCGGUUCCGAAUUGGAUCACCAGAUUAAUGAUUUGUUGACUUCCAUUCGUGAGGCUGAAGAGAAAGUUCAGAUGGACACGAAUCCAAAUCAGACAGUUGAUGCAAACAUCAACAAAGAAGGAGAUGAAGGAGCCGACACAGUUACCAUAAAUGAUAAUCUCAAUGAAAAUGAUACCACAGCUACUGAUGCCACAGCUACUGAUGCCACAGCUACUGCUGCUACAGCUACUGAUGCCACAGCUACUGAUACCACAGCUACUGAUGCCACUAAUGUGGAUGACAACAUAACUGAAGAUAGCACAAAGGAAAGUACACUGGCAGCCGUCUGUGCAGACAGUGUAAUUGAAGAUGACGUUAAAAGUACAGAUAUCAAUGAGGAUGAUACAAAUAAAACCGAAGACGAAAAAGAUAAAGCAACAAAUCUUGAGGAACCAGACGAGACUGCCGAUACGGCUACUCCUGAUACGGAGAUUAAAGUUCCUGUAGAAAAAAAUGACGACGGUGUAGUGGCUUCCGAGACGACUGCAGGCAAACCAGUCUCCGAAUUACCAAAUGAAAAUAAGACGGUCGAUACGGAAAAUAACGACGAAUCUAAAGCAAACGAACAGACCGGUGAUAUGGCAGAAGAGGCGAAAGACGUAAUAUCAAACUUAAAGAGUGAGGUACCAGCUACGCCGACCAGAUCUUCUGCGAGAAUCGCCAAUACCACUCCAAACACUAUUCGCACAAGGAGGACCAGUAGAUUAGCUGCAGCAAACGAAAAACCAUAACUUAUUCUCAAAACAUGUCUAUCUGAUUUGGGAUCUGUUUUAACUAUGAAUGCACCCCGGUUUAGGAAUUUUGACUUAUCAUUACAGUUGCUAAGACUGCACGAGUAGCAAACAUCCAGCAGGUCUAAUUAUAAUUAAACAGACAUUGAGUCGCACUAAAAUUCACAUAUAAGACCAAAUUUUAAAGUUAGUAGGGUUUUUUGUGUGAUACACAAUUUCCGGAUCCCACAUCAAAAAUAUAAUAAUGUUACUAUUUAAAUUUCCUUAUUAAUAAUUGAAAUUAAUUUUAUUCUGUUUUCAAAUAAUUCAUUUCAGAUUUUAAGUUAAUUACUUGAAAUCGUAAGUUUCAUAAUCCGUGUGCUUUGUGCGAGAGUUUUUUAACGUUCUCGAUAGCGUAAAAGUUAGCUCAUUUUUGUAUGGAAUGGGUUCGUUUGCGUACGUUUGCCGCUAGGGGCGCUGUUUCAACUGCAUACAAAAUUGGGUUAACUUUUACGCUAUCGAGAACGUUAAAAAACUCGCACUAAGCACACUGUACUCCUUUCUAUUUUGAAAACAGGGCGUCCAACGUUUGCGGAGAUUUUAACAGUGGAAUCACUAUUUAAAUAAAAUUCGUUCAAAUUACAAUAGGUCCAAUCUGCACGGAAAUUCCAAUAUCAAAUAUCAAUCUUAUGUUUUAUGUGAUUAAAGACAU